GAUAUAUAUACUUUCGGCUUAUAAAAACAGUCCGUUUCCCGAGGAGCCAGACGCAGGAGGACAGAGCAAUGGACGAGCAAGGGCAACUCCACAUUGCAGCGUCCGCGCCGCGUUACCCAGAAUCUGAAUCCAUCAUGAUGGCCCCCAUUUGUCUAGUAGAAAACCAGAAUGAGCAGCUGACAGUAAAUUCAGAGGCAUUACAGAUUCUUGACAAGAUUUCUCAGCCCGUGGUGGUGGUGGCCAUCGUAGGGAUGUACCGUACAGGAAAAUCCUAUCUCAUGAAUCGUCUUGCAGGAAAGAACCAUGGCUUCCCUCUGGGCUCCACCGUGCAGUCUGAAACCAAGGGCAUCUGGAUGUGGUGUGUGCCCCACCCUUCCAAACCAAACCACACCCUGGUCCUUCUGGACACUGAGGGCCUGGGCGAUGUAGAAAAGGGUAAUCCUAAGAAUGACUCGUGGAUCUUUGCCCUGGCUGUGCUUCUAAGCAGCUGCUUUGUCUACAACAGCAUGAGCACCAUCAACCACCAGGCUCUGGAGCAGCUGCACUACGUGACUGAACUAACAGAGCUAAUCAGGGCAAAAUCCUGUCCCAGGACUGAUGAAGUUGAGGACUCCAGCGAGUUUGUGAGUUUCUUUCCAGACUUUAUUUGGACUGUUCGAGAUUUUACCCUGGAGCUGAAGUUAGAUGGACACCCCAUCACAGAAGAUGAGUACCUGGAGAAUGCCUUGAAGCUGAUUCCAGGCAAGAAUCCCGUGCUUCAAAAGUCUAACAUGCCUAGAGAGUGUAUCAGGCAUUUCUUUCCAAAACGGAAGUGCUUUGUCUUUGACCGGCCUACAAAUGACAAACAAUAUUUAAUUCAUAUGGACGAACUGCCAGAAGAAAAUCUAGAAAAGCUUUUCCUGAGGCAAUCAGAAAACUUCUGUUCUUAUGUCUUCACCGAUGCAAAGCCCAAGACCCUGAGAGAGGGAAUCAUUGUCACUGGAAACCGUCUGGGGACUCUGGCAGUGACUUAUGUAGAUGCCAUCAACAGUGGAGCAGUGCCUUGUCUGGAGAAUGCAGUGACAACUCUGGCCCAGCGUGAGAACUCAGCAGCUGUGCAGAGGGCAGCCGACCACUACAGCCAGCAGAUGGCCCAGCGAGUGAGGUUCCCCACAGACACGCUCCAGGAGCUGCUGGAUGUGCACAUGGCCUGUGAGAGGGAAGCCAUUGCAGUCUUCAUGGAGCACUCCUUCAAGGAUGAAAACCAGAAAUUCCAGCAGCAGCUCGUGGACUCCAUAGAGAAAAAGAAGGAAGACUUUGUGCUGCAGAAUGAAGAGGCAUCUGUCAAAUAUUGCCAGGCUGAGCUUAAGCAGCUUUCAGAGCACCUGAUGGAAAGCAUUUUGAAAGGAAUUUUCUCUGCUCCUGGAGGGCACAGUCUCUACUUAGAAGAAAAGAAACAGGUUGAGCAGAACUAUAAGCUAGUGCCCUGCAAAGGAGUUAAGGCAGACGAGGUCCUCUGGGAUUUCCUGCAGUCACAGGUGGUUGUGGAGGAAUCCAUCCUGCAGUCAGACAUAGCCCUCACUGCUAAAGAGAAGGACAUAGCAGUGGAGCGGUCCAUGAGGGAGGCAGCUGAGAAGGAACAGGACUUGCUAAAACAAAAACAGAAGGAGCAGCAGCAAAUAAUGGAGGCUCAAGAGAGAAGCUUCCGAGAAAAUGUAGCCCAACUGGAGAAGAAAAUGGAGAGUGAAAGGGAAAACCUCCUCAGAGAGCAUGAAAGGACGCUGGAACACAAGCUGAAGGAACAAGAAGAAAUGCUUAAGGAAGGAUUUGAAAAGAAAUCUGAGGAGUUAAAUAAAGAGAUUAAUCAACUGAAAGAAGAGAUUGAAACAGCCAAAAAAGAACCCUCAGUGUUAUCAAAGAUCCUUGACACAGUUGGCAAUAUUAUGAUGCUAGGUCUACCUGGGCCUACUAAGCUAUUUGGAUUAGGGAUGAAAUAUCUUGGCUCACAGGUUUAAGAGCCUGAAUAUUCCUGGUAAGGAAAUAUAAAAUGAGGUUUAUUUUAUUUAAAUAGCAUAACACUGUUGAUCAUUUUGUAAGUAUAUGUGUUAUAGAAGUUUCAUGCAAGAAAAGUUUAAAAUUAAAAAGUGAUUAUCAAACAAUAUCAGGGUCUGACAUCCACAAAAAACAAACUUAAUUUUGAUUGAACUAGCAAUUUAUAAAACUGAGAAACAAGUCAGAAGUGGUGGCAUUAUUGCUAGAAAAGGUAUAAUUAAAGCAAAAAGGCAACCGGUAAGAUUAAGAAGCCAUUAAUAAUUUGCAAUUUAUGUUAUAGUUACAGAAAUAAUUUCAGUUGUAAUUAACUCUUGCAAAUUAAUGAGAAGGGAGCAACACCACAAUUAAAAAAUUAUUUUUUACAGCUA